AUUAAGGCGUUGUGUGCUAUGGGAUGGGGUGGCUCCAGGCCUAUGGAGAGCACCUGCAAACCGGUGGAGCGGGAUUUUUCCAGCGUGGUUUGUGGCUCAGCCCCUCCCCGUGUCCCAGCUAAAAUUAGCUCUGUCUUCACAAGAGCUUCGCUUCGCAUCUGAGCGUAUAAAUAAAGGCUGGCUCUCCAGUGCUGCCUGGCACUUGGCAGCUCCCAUGGCCCAAAAGGCACGGCUCCAGGAAUGGGGAACAGGUGAAGGGUUGCUCCAUGAGCACAGAGUGCUGCUGCCUCAGCCCAGGAGCUCCAAAACCACCUCCAACCCAUCCCACAGCCGAGGUGAAGCCAGGCCAUGGGAUAUGUUUGGUCUUCCAGCUCCCCCUGAUGAAUGUUUCCCGCUGGGCUCUGGCUUUAGGAUGUUGGAGAACCGAGAGGAAGAGCUGACCACGGUGCGUGUCCAGGACCCUCGGGUGCAGAAUGAAGGCUCCUGGAAUUCCUAUGUGGAUUACAAGAUCUUCCUCCACACCAACAGCAAGGCCUUCACUGCCAAGACCUCGUGUGUGCGGCGCCGGUACCGUGAAUUCGUGUGGCUGAGGAGGCAGCUCCAGAAGAAUGCUGGCCUGGUGCCUGUCCCAGAGCUGCCCGGGAAAUCCACCUUCUUUGUGGGCAGCACGGAUGAGUUCAUCGAGAAGCGGAGACAGGGCCUGCAGCAGUUCCUGGAGAAGGUGGUGCAGAACGUGGUGCUCCUCUCCGACAGCCGCCUGCACCUCUUCCUGCAGAGCCAGCUCUCGGUGCCCGAGAUAGAGGCGUGUGUGCAAGGCCAGGGCCCGCAGACGGUGACGGAAGCCAUCCUGCACUAUGCCAUGUCCAACUGUGGCUGGGUGCAGGAGGAGGAGAGCCGCCCCGCGCUGCUGCCGGGGGGGGACCUGCAGGGCAGCUGUGCCGGCCUGGGAAGCCCUCAAGGGCCGAGCUGCCUGGAGAGCUUCCCGUACUGGAGCGACUUCGGCAUGGACGAGCCGCACUCGGACAGCCCGGAGGAGCCGCUGGGAGCAGGGCAUGAGGAGCAGUAACCGGCGCUGGAGACCUCCCCCUGCCCUGCAGCCCUCGCUGGAAGAGGGACUGCGGCCGAGCCAGGGCUGGGCAGGAUGGAGGCACUGGGGCUCUGCAGGGGCAGGGGCUCCCAUGCUCUCUCCCUGCUGGCUCUCGCCUGUCCUUGAUGUCCCCAGGCAGUGCGUUCCUGUCGCUCUCCUCUUUGGAGAGGAGAUGUAGUGGUUAGUGCAACCCGUGUUUGUUCUUCCCAUGGCCUUUGCUCUCGGUCUGGAGCAGCAGCAGGGCUCAGGGGCUCUGUGUUCUUGGGGUGUCCCUGGCCUGGGGUGUUGGGGGGAUGCUCUGGCUCACAUCCAGCAUGAUGGAGGAAGGAUUUUCCUUGUGGAACAGGGGAGGGCGCUGCAGUUUAGUCCCUUGUGUUCCCCUCAUACUGCAGGCAGGGGAAGCUGCAUGUCCCCGGCGACAGCCGCGCUGUGCAGCGCCUGGGGCUGGUGCCCGCACGUGGGAUGCAGAUCCCGUAUCCGUGUCUGUGUCCUCCUGGCACAGCUCACUCUGCAGGUUGCCUGCACUGGGAUGAGCAGAGAUGAGCAUGGGGCAAGCGAAUGAGGUUUUUCUCUCCUGCUCUUCUGAGGGGAUGCCCCUUCCAUAGACUCCUUCCUUGCACACUGAUGGCAUGGGGCAUCCUCCCAGCCAGGAUCCAGUUAGCUGGGAAAGCAGGAGCAUGCAAACUGCCUCAGGGUCAGCGUCCAGCAGCGCUCGGGCUCUUGCUACUCCUAUUGCCUCUCCCCGUGCUCCCCUGCACCUCCUUCCUCCCCUCUCAGCACUGGUGAAGGCAGAGCCGACGUGCUCUGACUUGAAAUAAAGAUGAAGUGGAAGGGAC